CCGAAUCCGUUUAGUAAUUUUUUUAUACCUACUCUACAGUCAAAAUUUUUCAGAAAUCUAAAUUUUUCAAUAACUUGUACAAAAUGAAGUAUUUUCUAGUCAUAUCAUUAUCGAUUCUGAUAUGUUUAGCUCACUGUAAGUUUGAAAUUGAAGAAGUGGACGAGUUUGAGGAGUUUGAGGAGUUGCCUAGAACUGAACCUGACCUGAAACUGAAGGAUGACUCCUCUCCCAUUUUGGAAAAAGCCGAGGCUGAAGUCACUGUUGAAGAUGAUGACGAAUUCGAACAUUUUAACGAUGAAGAGGAAUUUGAAGGUUUUGACACUGAAAGAUUACAUGUCGACGACAAGGAUCCUAAAAUUACCAUUGCUUCUGUACCAGUACCUUUUCAUACAAAGUGGUCGAAUUAUAUAAUGGAAACUCUAUUAAUUGUUGGUAUUGUUGCAUAUUUUGCAAAUUUUUUCUAUGGCCGGUCAAAGAAUGCUCAGUUGGCAGAUAUAUGGUUUAAGACGCACAAAUCUUUAUUAGAAGAUAAUUUUUCUUUAGUUGGUGAUGAUGGUAAAAUUGAAAUAGAGAAUAGUGGCUUGAUCAAAGAAACUGAAAGUACAUAUACAUUAUGGUGCAGUGGUCGCACUUGUUGUGAAGGAAUGUUGGUUGAAUUAAAAUUCAUUAAGAGACAAGAUUUGGCUUCGAUGUUGAAUCAAUUUUUGCGACCUGUUAAGGACGAAGUACAAAUUAAAGUUGAUAUGAACAAAGAAGAUAUGGAUACAUUUGUGUUUUGUGUGGCAUCUAAAAAAACAGCAGCUCGGUGUUCAAAAGAAAUGGCUGACCUUAGUGUAUUUUGUCCGGAACGUAAGCCUGGAGCCAAUUAUGGUUUGACUGAUAGUUUUAGUGUACACAGCGAAUUAGCCGAGGUAUCUUCAUCUAUAUUGGAUGCAAAGACUGUCAACUAUAUUAACAAAUACUCAGAUGUUAUAGACUGUUUACAUUUUUCUGAUAGAUAUUCAGGACUUAAAUUAACGGAUGAAACUGCAAUUCCCACUAAGUUACCAGCAGUAAAAAAAGUAUUGAUAUUCACAUUUACUAUUCCUACUGAUAAAUAUGCUGAUCCUCAGGAAGCUAUUAGUACUAUAUACCCAUUAAUGUCAUUUAUAUUCCAAUGUAUGGAACGUAUUAAACGGUUGAGAAUCAGCAAAGAGGCCAAAAUUAAAGCAGAAAAAAAUAGACUGCGUGUUGAGGAAGCAUUUUUAAAAACUACUCAUGCUGCUCGGGCUGAAGCAGCCGCUGCUAGAAAAGAAGAAAAGAAAAAACUGGAAAAAGAACGAAUUUUAAAAGAGGAUCCAGAGAAGCAACGAAAAUGGGAGGAGAAAGAGAUGAAACGUCAACAGAGGAAAAAGGCACCAAGAAUGAAACAAUUAAAAGUAAAGUCUAUGUAAAAGAUGACUUUUUUUUAAGUUUUUCGUGUUUUUAAUUGUUGGUCUUUGGUUACAUCAAUGAGUAGUUGAUUUUUUUUAGUAUUAAUUUAAUUGUUUAUUUUAUUAAUAUUUAAAAAUUUUCAUUUUAAUAAUUUAUUAAAUUAUGUGUUACUUUUUUUUGGUAUGUUAUUUUUAUGACGUGCCUUUGAAUUGUAUUAAUUCACAAACUAAAUAAUAUGUUUCUUUUCUUUUUCAUUACAUUUAAAAACAAGUUAUCUAUGUGUAAAAAUUAGGUAUAUUUAUAAACAAACUGCCAUUUAUUUUAAAAAGUAUAUACUUACAUUUUAUCACUCAUAAGUUAUGGCAUAAAAUGUAUUUAAUAAGCUAAGUAUAUUAAUUGAUGUCCAAAAAAGAAAAAAACAUAAGAUGUGUUAAUGUUUAAUGUAUGCAAAUAUUAUGUUUCAUGAAUUAUUUGUCAUGUUCCUUAUUAUUAUUUUUGUAUUACAUUGUUUACAUUUUUAUAGUAUAAUGGAAAGAUACCACUUUGAUAAUUUUAAAAACACCUUUGUUCUUUGAAUAAAGUUAACAGUAAAUCACAAUUAAUACAUGAACGUUCAUAUGUUCGCAUUAAAAAAACUAUCAUGGUGGCUAGUGUUAGUUAUUAUUAUCUGUGAUGGUUAAUGGUUAAUAAAAUUGAUGAGUUAAGUUAGUUAAAUAAAACUAUUCCAACCUGAA